CAUUUCAUAAAUACUUCAAAAAGAAACAUUUUCAAUUUAAUUCUAAAAUUUACAAGUUUCUUUCAAAUUCUCUUUAAAACACAUAUAGAAAAAAAAGACGACUAUUGCUUUGAAUCCACGAAAUUCCAAAUACCAACGCUACUCUCACUUUCGACUCAACAACGUUAAUCUCUAACGAAAAACAAGUACUAGAAACGAAUUAAAAUGACGCUCCUUCGUAAAUUUGGCAAUCAACUCUGUCAAGGCUUCAAAACACCACUUCUCACAGGGCGUCUCGCGCGUACAAUGGCCAGCCAAGAUAAACGUCCGGAAUAUCGUUCACAGUGCGCAUGGGGCGAUCCAAAGUGUGCUGAGGAUAAGCUUAAAGAAAAGAAAGACAAGGAUGAAUGCGAUAAGAAAGAUAAACCUAAGACUUCGAUGUGGCUGAACCGGAAGUGUUAUCUGGGAAGCUGCCAAGAUGCCUUGCCGCGUUUCGAUGAUCUCUACUAUAAACCCUCCGACAAGGUGAAGCGUCAGUAUACGCGCACCUGGAACGAAUGUCCCGAUCUGAAGAUAGUACCGCGAAAGACAAGGCUUGAUUUAACAAAAAUUGAAAAGAGUUUAUAAACAAAUUAACUGUUAAUAAUACUACAUCUUCAGUAAUUUUACUUAGACUCACUUAAAAGUUAUGUGAAAACCCUAAAUAAAUGUAAAAAAAUAAAA